AUGCCUCAAGCUCAGCCCGAGUUGAAGAAGUACAUGGAAAAGCGGGUAUUUUGCCAACUGAACGGCAACCGCAAAGUCAUUGGUAUCCUGAGAGGUUACGAUGUAUUCAUGAACAUCGUGCUCGACGAUGCUUUCGAAGAGAAGCAGGGCGGAGAGAAGGUCGCAAUUGGCAUGGUGGUCAUUCGCGGUAACUCGGUCGUCAUGCUCGAGGCUUUGGAACGUAUAAGCGACAAGUAA